AAUGCUUUCUCAUCAGUUCGUUGAGUGUUUUAUUGAAGAAAAGUAGUAAAAGGGGAAAUUCUAGCGCCGCGAAAAGAUUUUUACUUAAAUAAAUUAAGGAAAUGGGUCGAAUCAUGAUUCUAUAUGCAAUAGUCCUGCAAGUGAUAUCGACUGGUUAUUCACAAAAUGUCAACAAAAGGUUUGAAGAAAAACUAAGUCUGUACCAUAAAUCUCAACAGCAUAUUGUUAGUCCUAUUAACUUAUUGAAUCCGGAUAAGUAUGAGUUUUUUACAAUAAAUGACCGAGGGGAUAUCAUAAAGCGUCUAAUGACACGGAAAGAAAUACAAAGCAUCGUUGCUGGUAGUGAAACGAAAGAGUUUACCCUCAACAGGCUGGAGGUUCCACAGGGAAUCAUUGGAAAUAUUGUCAGCAACAUAAAAAAUGUUUUGAACACUGAGUUGCUUACAAAGGACAUGCAAUCACCACAACACGAUACGGUGCAAAUGGCUGAUGUCGCAACAAACGAAGAUAUCAACGAUGAUUUUAAUAAACUAGAUUCCAAAAAUAUCAGUUCCUACCAAAAUAAAUCCGAUGAAGGAACAACCGAUAUCACACCUGAUACAGCUACCAAGCCUAUCAUAGAAAAAGGAACUGGUUUAUUCGAUAUGACAGAUUCUACAGUCUCAGUCACAGAACCACAAUCUAACACUGUAUCGAAUAUCCAAAUGACAAAUGAUGAUACACUCAAAAAUGAGAACACAGAAUCUACAGAGACAACUACGGAAAGAUAUCUCGAAAUUGAGCCUGAUGCGAUCAAUACUUCUACAGACAUUAAUAAUAUACUAACAACGGGACACGUCGAGCGAGAAGACAUCGCGGAUGCUAACUCUACUGUAAUGAGCCAAACAUAUGAUGUUACAACAGAUACAACCAUCAACGUCAGCACUGAUGAUAUGAUGAGCGAAAGCGUACAACCGACGUACGUAGGAAAUAUGUUUGAUGUUGAAACCACUGCUGAAGAUCAACCAAUGAAGUAUACUGAAACAACAACCGAAGAAAUGGAGCUGAGCUCGACAUAUCAACCCAACUUUGAAUAUACCUCAAAUCUUCUAUCUGAUACGUACAAUUUUGAGAUGACGACAAAACAGAAUGAAGCUCAAAAUUCAAUAUUCCAAAUUAUUGAGUUUCUGAAAGACCGUGAUCAGGAGGCAAUAAUUCAAAAUUUAGUAAACGACAAUCAACCUCAAACCACAGAUGCUGAAAGCACUGUAGCUACCACCGACUUUACGAUUUUCACUACGAUGAGUCCUGAAACUGACCUAACUGAAAGCACACAUCAUUCGGACUUCGAUGAAAGCGAUACAACUGAUGCCGCUUUCCCGACCAAUAUCGUACUUGAUAAUGAUACCCCGAUGGCUCCAGAGACAAACGACGUUUCGCCGUCCACGGAAAAUCCACCCGAUUCGUUAAUAGAAUUGUUACACAAUAAUUCUCUAUCAAUAGCAGAAGUGGUCUUGCGAAUUUCAAAUUUACCGAAUGCAAGUACUAACGCAAUGGCCGCUGAACCCGACGUAUCCGUUAUCUCUCAUCUGCUGAAUAACCCUACCAAGAAUAUGGCAAUGUAUGUGAACGAAACUGCGACUGUUGCCUCCAUACUGAACUAUGCCCCUACGACGGAGGCAUCAGACACGUUGCAUGAGCUACCAGAAGAUUUUUCGGUACAGGAAGAUGUUUUUCAAUCUGUGUUGUCCAUAUCCAACGAGCUGAACCGAGAUGUGAGCAUCUAUGAAAAUUUAGGAGAAAUAGAUGGUGCGCAUUUAACUCAAUCGAAAAAUUCUCUGGGAGGCACAGAGUGGAUAGAAGGAUUGGAUGAUAUGGAUGACGAUGAAAACGACGAGUUGGAUCAAUUUUUUGAAAGAUGCAAUACAAUUGGUAUUCGAAUGUACAACGCAGUAUCGUCGAAAAAUGUCAGUGAAGAUAAACGAAACUUUGUGUAUUCUCCGUUCGCAACUUUGUCAAUACUGUCGAUGUUGCAUCUUGGAGCUAAAGGAAAAAGUGCUGAAGACAUCAAUAAAAUAAUAGGCUUGGAUGAUAUGUCUUCAUUUAAUCCGCAUCUGAUUUUCAAAUCAAUAUCUGACUCAGUAGAACACAAUACAGUUGAAUCAUUUUUCAUAAGAAUGUUGUUCAGUGAAGACGGCAAAGGGAAACUAUUAAACUUUUUCAAAAACAAAGUCAAACAAUUUUACUCAGGAUUUGCAGAGGAAAUUUCUUUCACUAAUUCAACUUAUUUGGUUGACAGGAUUGAUCAACUGAUGAGCAACUACUCGAGUGAAAUCGAGUUUUUCAAACAUAAUUCAAAUGUAUUAUUUGUACCACCCUUAUGUUUGAUGUCCUUCAACUCGUUUUUGAUCGGUGAAACGGCAAGAAAUCUAGACGAGAUAUUCUUCCACGUUAUUGAUCAUCAAGGGACACGAAAAUUGAGAAUGUUACCAGCAGUGACAUUUUCAGAUAAUUUUGUAGCUGGAUACAUAACUGAGAUGGAUAUAACGGCCGCCAAAAUAAUGUCGACUGAACGUGAUAUAUCCAUCACACUUCUAAUGCCGGGAAAACAAGGUGGAACCCUUAAAAGUGACAGUUUGGCUAAUCUUGAGACUCUUAUAUUUAAUGAUGAUUUUUCGAGUAAAAUAGAUUUUUUAGUAAGAAAUAUUAAACCGAAGUCAGUGAAACAUCUGCAAGUUCCACAAUUCGAAUACGAAGCAUUUUUGGACAUGACAGAAACAUUAAAAAUACUAGGUUUAAAAGAUUUAUUCCAAAACAACACCUCAAACUUUCAAGGGAUUCAGGAAUCCACUGCUACGCCGUUGUAUCUUUCACAGAUUUUGCAAUACAAUAAAUUAAGUUUCGGAAAUGCUUAUGUUACGGAACAUACAAGCACAACACAAAGUGAACCAGAAAAUAUCGAGCACUCAACCAAUAGUUUUGUAAUGAAAUAUGAUAAACCUUUUAUUUUCAUAGUAGAGCACAAUCCCACAAGUAUGUUACUAUAUUUAGGACGUUUUAAUCCAGUUGAAUAAAGAAAGUUGCUUAGUUGUUAAUAUAA